AUGCGUGGCUACCUGAAGGCCCGGUGGCUACUAGCACCGCUGCUUACAGCUGCUCUUCCAACCCGACAAGAGGUCAAGGUCCCACAUGCAUUAAUCAACCUCGAUAUCAACUCUACUUCAGAUGAAAUUAAUCAUCACGGAACUACUCUACGUCUUGACAUUCUCGAGUCGACGUCUCCGUGCGGCUACGGAAAUGUGACCCUUAGCGGUCAAUCGCUUGCGCAAGAUGAAAAUGGUGCUGGGUCUGGGCCCAUCAUUGCCGAGAAUGGCCAUACCAUUCUCGCCAACUGGGCCUUUAGUUGUGUACAUCUUGAAGAUGAGUUUCAGGGCCAGCUGAUGACUUUUGAAGUCAUCUCUUUAGAUGGUGAGGAAGCCAACGAUGUUAGGUUUGUCGUUCAAUUCCAACAAAUGGCGCCGCCUUCUAUCUCCUUCAUCAAUGGCACGGCAUCUAUUACUGAGACUCUUAUUCCGGCCACGGCCACGGACGAAAACCUGGUCAAGGAAACUUCAACACCUUUGGACAGCGAGCUGGCCGAAUUGAAAUCGAUGAUGCGACAACUUGCGGCACUUGAACAAGCAAUUUCUUCUAAAGUGCAGCAUAUCUCCGAAACUUACGACUUCAAGAGUCCUGAUGAAUUUCAUUCAUUUUGGAGGUGCGAUAGUCUGAAAUGUGUUGUGAAAACGAUGUACGGGCGUGCGAAACACAUGGCUAGUAGUCUCUAUGGUGGACACGGGUUUGAAGGGGGGAGGCAUUUUGGUGGUCGACCGAGUAGAUUCGGCUGGCGAUUUCAUCACGGUGAUCGACCUGACUGGUUUUCACAUGACGGUGGCGCUCAUAGGAACCACUCGUGUCCGCACCCGCGACCUCAUCCUCACCCUCCUCACCCCCCUCAUCAUCAACCUCCUCAUGGACCUCCUCAUAGACCUCCUCAUGGACCCCCCCCUCAUGAGCCUCCCCACCAUGAACCCCCUCAUUUUCACCGACCGCCUCCACCUCCGCCUCACGAGUUCUACGAAGAGCAACCACCACACGUCCACCCACCACCAAGUCAUCAAAUCCUAGAGGAUGACAUGACUCAGGAGAACCUUAGAUUAGGUACUGGGCCUAAUAAUGACAUGCGGCCGACCAGGAAGUUUGGCGAUGAUAAACCCGAACCGCCACCUCGUAUCAUUGACGAUGGUGCCGAUUUAUCUCCACCAAUGCCGAACCACCACAACCAACCGCCACCUCCAGGUUUCAGACCACAUGAAGGGAUGUCUCCGCAUCCACACCAUGAUCCUCAUUUUAAACACCGUGGUCCACCUCGUCCUUUACCGGUCGUUCACAUCGUGGUUACAUUCAUCCUGCUUGCCUUACUCAUUAGCACUGCCUAUACGCGCUGUUUUGCGGCAUCUCGCAAAAGUCGGCGUAGUUCCUGUGCUGGACGAUGCCAAACUCGAGAGGCUCGUCGUCAGUGUCGCCGCAAUGCCUGGGCUAACAGACGUGCGGCUAUCGGAACCCGGUAUUCCGAAAUCGUUGGGUGGCUAAGGGAAAGUGUAAGACGUCAAGAGAUUGAGAAUGAGGAAAAGGAGGCCAUCAUGAGACAACUGCAUAGAUCUGAAAAUGACGAUGAGGAUAACCUUUCUACGACAAUGGAACAGGAGAUUGCGCAGUUCCGUGCAGUUGCCAGCGUCGUGGGUGAUUUAGUUGCGGCGGAAGAGGGCCGUUCUCGUGAAUAUGUUCACGAGAGACAGCAGCACAUAAUUCCGACGCCUCCUAGCCCAGCUUCGGCUUUCCCAGAUUAUGCAUCUAUUGACGAGGAACUUCCAGCCUACGACGAGGGGUCAAACGAUUCACGCUUCGUUGCCGAUGGGUUUAGAUAUACACCUGGGUAUCCGCAUUAUACACCAAAUGGGUCGUCAACGACGGAAUCAUCGCUUGAUGAGCAUCUAGGAAGAAAGGAUUAA